AUGGACCCUCCGCGCCAGCCCGUCAGCUCCUUGACCAAGCUCUUCAGCGAAAACAACUCCGCCGCCACGUCCAACAGCGCGCUGCAGACCUCGUUGGACGCAUACGUGCUUCCCGCGGGCGACGCCGGGCCGCUGCACGCGCCGUUCGGCGGCGCCAACGACUCCCAGCAAACCAUCAGCGCCAGCAGCGGCACGCCCGCGGGCCUGGCCGUGCCCCUGGCCCCUGGGAGCGCGGCCGCGGCCAUCCCCGGGAGCAUAUCGCCCACGCAGAAACCGCCCGUGGUGGUGCUGGGCGGCUUCGAGGCCUCGCCCCGCCACGCCGCCGCCGGGCGCCCGUUUGACGAGGCGUACCAGCCGGUCAGAGACAUCGCCGCGCGCGUGCCCGGCGCCGCCAGCCCGCGGGUCAACCGCACCAACUCCGUGUCGCACACGUCGUUCUUCUCCACGGGGGGCUACGGCUCCGAGAGCUUGUCCUCGUCCAUCCCCUACGGCGCGCCGGGCGGCCGGGGCGGGCAGCCGGGCUCCUUGGGCAGGCCGGGCCUGUACAUGGCCAACUUCCCCAGCUCGUUGCAAAUGACGCAGGCCGCGCUGGACCACGUCCCCAACUUGCCCAACGGGCAGCCGAUCUCCUCGGUCAACUUCCAGUCGCCGCAGGUCAGCUCGCUGGCCAUCGAGCCGCGCUUCGUCAUCUCCAAGCAGCGCGUGGCCCAGGCCCAGGCCCAGGCCCAGGCCCAGGCGGGGCCCGUGUCCACCAGCGCACGCCUGGGCUCGCACUCCAGCCUCUCGUUCAUGUUCGGCUCCAAAAAGUCCCAGAAGUCCAGCACGUCGUCCACGGACUUGGGCUCCUUGUACAACAACGCGCAGCCCGACAGCGUCUUCGCCAUUUCGCCCGCCUCCACCUCCUCGCUCGAGUCCUCCUCCGCGGCGCUCAACAUCUCCCGCCACAACUCGAUGGCCAACUUGAAGCGCUUCUUCAAGAAGGGCAGCUCGUCUCCGUCGCAGCCCAGCGCCGUCAGCAACUUGUCCUCGUCCUUGCGCUCGAACAACAUCAUCUCCUCGGGCACUUCCCCGGCAGUCAGCCCCCACAUGAACGGCUCCUUCUCGGCCCUGACGUUGAACCCAAGUGGGUCCGAGGCGUCCUACUCUCAGUCUCCGGGUGGAUCGCUUGGGCCCGGCUCUCUGUCCUUCAGCAGGACCCCGUCCCUCAGACGUGCAAAUGACAGGAGGGGCUCUGUUCUGGGCUUGAUCAGCCAGCAACCCUUGCCCUUCUCCAAGCGAUAUAGCAAAUUCGGCGAAACCCUCGGUGCGGGCGCGGGCGGUGCCGUGAAGCUCGUGAACAGGCUCCUGGACAAGAAAAUCUUCGCUGUCAAGGAGUUCCGUGCAAAGUACCAAAACGAAACCAAGCGGGACUACGCCAAAAAGAUCACCGGCGAGUACUGCAUCGGCUCCACUUUGAAACACCCCAAUAUCAUCGAGACUGUGGAGAUUUGCUACGAGAACGACCGGAUCUUGCAGGUGAUGGAGUACUGCGACUUCGACUUGUUCGCCAUCGUCAUGUCAAACCAGAUGUCCCGCGAGGAAAUCGACUGUUGUUUUAAACAGGUCCUCUCGGGCAUCAACUACUUGCAUUCCAUGGGCUUGGCUCAUAGAGACUUGAAGCUCGACAACUGUGUGGUGGACUCUCGCGGCAUUGUCAAGAUCAUUGACUUUGGCUCCGCGGUCGUCUUCUCCUACCCAUUCACAAAAACUUUGAUCGAGGCUCUGGGUGUGGUGGGGUCUGACCCGUAUUUGGCCCCCGAAGUCUGUGUGUUCACUAAGUACGACCCAAGGCCGGUCGAUGUGUGGUCGGUUGCGAUCAUCUACUGCUGCAUGAUGUUGAAGAAGUUUCCUUGGAAGGUCCCCAAGUUGGUCGAUAAUAGUUUCAAGUUGUUCGCCACGCGUGGAGAGUUCUCGCAGUUCAGUGAAGUCCUCAUGAAGACUCCAGACCAAGGAUCAGCCCUAGGGAACAUGGAGAGCCUUGCUGAGGCGGUGAAGGAAAUCGAAGACUCGCAGACAAGCGAAAAUGCCGACGGUGUUGCGCACACGUCCAGUGAAACUGGAGCAGGCCGCUUGUUGUUGGCGUUGCCCGAGGAUUGUCGUCCUUUGAUCGCACGGAUGGUGGAACUAGCCCCUGCGUGCCGUAUUUCGGUUGAGGACUGUUUCAACGACCCUUGGUUGAAGAGCGUGCACAUGUGCUCGGUUGAAGAACGAGUCAAUACCGACGGCACGUUGCACUACCAGGUCUUCAAGGGUUCAGACCACGAGCACACGACCGUUGAUCAGUCAAAGGCUCACAUCGCCGCAUUUGAAAAGAAGAAGAAGUAA